AAAAGGACGUCCUCCAGGCCGACGGGGGGCACUGUUCUGUCGACGUUGCAAUUUUGUUUUCCGGGUCAAACCUUUCACUACCCCGCUUCGCUUGUUCAACAGUCCUUCUGGCUGUACCGCCAUUACAGAUAGCAGAUAUGGCUAUUCGCUACCCUAUGGCUGUUGGCCUUAACAAAGGCCAUCCUGUCACUAAAAAUGUAACUGCUCCAAAACACAGCCGUCGGCGUGGGCGUCUGACCAAACACAGCAAGUUUGUUCGAGACAUGAUCCGUGAAGUGUGUGGUUUUGCUCCUUAUGAGAGGCGGGCCAUGGAGUUGCUCAAGGUGUCAAAGGACAAAAGAGCCCUCAAGUUUAUCAAGAAGAGGAUUGGCACUCACAUCCGGGCUAAAAGAAAGAGAGAGGAGCUGAGCAAUGUACUGGCUGCCAUGAGGAAAGCUGCUGCCAAGAAAGACUGAUCUGUUAAUGAAUAAAAGUUUGCUAAACAAAA